CUCGGGGUGGGGACUCUCUCCCGCUCUGGCUGCUAAUGGUUUAUUAGAAGGGCGGGGAUAAAAAAUCCCCGCCGGCGCUCUCUGGGUAGGCGGGACGGCUCCCUUCUGCGCGUCGCUCCACUUGUGGGCCGCCGGGGCAGAGCUGCAGUGGGCGUGGUGCCAGUUCCUUCCGCGAAGGGGAAGUGGGCAGGGCUGAUGCGCAGGGCUCCGCGGGUGAUUUCGCGGGUUUCUGGCUUUUCCAAAUCCUUGUUUGUUUUCUGGGGGCCGAGCUCCUCUAAGGUCCGGGGGUUUGUGACGUCCCGCGCCCGUCAUCACGAAGCUCUGUCAGAGGGUCCCGUUUCCUAGCUACGGUGCCCCCUCCCUCCAGGGGGUGAGUAGCAGACGGACGGGCGAUCUGCGCCAGGUGUCUGCGUCCCGCCGAAGAGACAGAAACUAAAAUUUAGCCUGAAUGAGAGAUAAAAUAAUGACUUUUUGAAGGCAUAACUUUUCCUACCUUGCACAAAUAUAAUAUUGGCAGCAGUCAUUGUGUAGCACUGGACGGGGAAUCAGGAGACCUGGUUUCUAAUCCCUGCUCUGUCACUGACGAGCUGUGUGAUCUUCGAAAAUCUCCAGAAUAUUCUGUGCCAUGGUGGAAAUAUUGGAACAAUCAGCCUCAUAAUGUGAUUUCUUUGAAGGAGACAGCACUCUAUUGAAUACAUAAGUUCUUAUAUGCGUAUUAUGAGAAGCUUAAGUGAAAAUGGUACAUAUUAGAAGACAUGAAACGAGGAAAAAUUCUAAAACUCAAGAGUGUGAACAGAAAUCUCGAGUGGAUUGGAGGCGGACUAAAAGAAGUAGUCUCUCACAAUUAUGUGAUAGUGAUGAUGAGCUUGAGAGUGAUGAGGAGCUUGAUAGUGAUGAAAGUGUUGACAAUAAUGAAAGUGUUGACAGUGACGAAGAACCUGAUAGUAACAAGGGGCUUGAUAGUAAUAAGAAGCCAGAAAAUGAAAGAGAGCUUAAAUUAAUUAAAGUUGAAAGUGAAGGAAACAAUAGUAAGCAUCUCAUUAACACUGACAACAGUUCAACAUAUGAAGAAGAAAAGAACAAAACCAAACAUGGAAGUAUUGACUUACCAGAUCUUGAAAAGCAUUCAGGUCAAGAGGAAGAUGAUCUCAACAAACACUCUGGACAAAUACCAGAGGAGGAUUUAGAAGAAGAACACAUCAAGCGAGGGAAGAGAAAAAGGAUAUCCUCUGUGAUGUACGACAGUGAUGAAAGUGACGACAGUGAUAUCCUAGUUAGAAAAGUGGGCGUUAAACAUCCGCGUAGAGUGGUUGAAGAUGAAUGUUCUUCAGUGGAGAUGGAGCAAAAAGAACCCGAAAAAACUUUAGCCGCAAGAAAGCGAGAACAGCUCCAGAAACUGCAAGACCUCUCGAAACAGAGAUCUCGUCAGAGACGCAGUAGUAGUAGAGAUUUCGAGGACUCUGAAAAGAAAUCCUGCCCAAGCAGUGAUGAAAAUGAUGAUGAGGAGGAGGGGGAGGAGGAAGAUGAUUAUGAAUAUGAUGAAGAUGGAGAUGAUUAUAUUAUUGAUGACUUUGUAGUGCAAGAUGAGGAGGGUGAUGAAGAGAAUAAAAGUCAAGGAGGAGAAAAAUUGACUACAUCACAACUGAAAUUAGUAAAACAGAAUUCUCUUUAUUCUUUUAGUGACCACUAUACUCACUUUGAAAGAGUUGUGAAGGCUCUUCUGAUCAAUGCUCUAGAUAAAUCUUUUCUGGGAACAUUAUAUGAUGGCACCAGGCAAAAAUCAUAUGCACAAGAUAUGUUGACAUCUCUUCAUUAUUUGGAUAACCGCUUUGUUCAGCCUCGUCUAGAGAACUUAUCCUCUAGAAGUCGUUGGAAAGAGCAAUAUAAGGAGCGAGUAGAAAAUUAUUCUAAUGUAAGUAUCCAUUUGAAGAAUCCUGAGAACUGUUCCUGCCAGGCUUGUGGAUUGCAUCGCCACUGUAGAUAUUCGGUGCAUUUAUCAGGAAAGUUAUAUAACACCAGGACUAUGGAAAUAGAUGAUUUCAUGUCACAUGAUAAACAGGUGUUUACUGUUGGCAGAAUUUGUGCUAAUCGUACCAGAAUUUACCAUAAUCUGAAACAUUUUAAAUUCAAGCUGUACCAGGAAUGUUGCUCCAUUGCAAAGACAGAAGAGGUUGAAGAUGAACAGGUUAAAGAAGCAGUGGAGAGAAUUUUCAAUCAGUCAAAAGAAAGUGGCUGGAUUAAGGAGAAAUACGGUCAACUUCAAGAAUAUCUCAAUUUUGCGGAUUACUUUCAAGAUGAGAAGUUUGACUGAAUUGUAACACAUUUCCUUCAGAGAAGAUUUUAUAAAUUCCUGUAAAUGUGAAGAUCAUGAGUCUUGUUUCUCUGUAUCAUGUGACAUUUAUAUAUUUUAUGUAUAGGUUCAUGGCAAAAUAUCUUGUGUAAAACAUAUGUUCAUCUUAAUUUCCAUGAAAUGGCACUCUACAGUCUAAUAAAACUUUUAUCCGCUGUACGUAGAAAACAUAAGCUUAAUCAUUUUAAGUGUAUUUUAAAGUUAUAUAACAAUGCCUUUAUAACAUGUGACUAUCAAGUGAACGAGCUGUUCAUGCACUGUCAGCUUAAUAGAAAAACACUGUAUUUAAAACAUGUAUUUAGACUAACAUCUAUGCGUAUUUAUUGCUGAAUUCCUGCCCAGAUCUGUUUAUUACCCUUUUGCAGUAUUAAAUGAUCUUCACUAACAUAUUUUUUACUACUAUCAUUAUCUAAAUCAGUGGGCCAUGAAAGAAACCUCAGUGUCUCAUUCAAUUCAGUUUCCUUGCCUCAGAAUCAGACUGUAGUUUACCCAUUUCAAGUAGAGGAGUGCUUUUUCUCCUCUUCCAGAGUUUCCCUUACGAAUAGAUUUCAGGCCUCCAGAGUCUUCCAACCCUCACAUUCAGGAAUAAUUUCAUGAUAUGUAUUUUCAUGCUUCAUAAUGUUCUUUCUUUUCCCUAUCCAAUUUUGUCUACAGGUUAAUGAUUUAAGAUGUAUUUUAUUUAUUUUUAUCCAUUACUUUUCCCACGUAAGAAUUUAUGUUCGGACCAGAAGAUCUCAGAGAGACAAAUUCAGCCAAAAAUAGUUUAAAAGCAUAUUUUGGCAUCUGCAUUGCUUUGCACAUCUAAAUUUACCCUUAAUAUAAUAAA